GUCCUCCUAGAGAUCUACCAGAGUUUUUCAUGAAAUUUUGGCAACCGCCUAUGUUUGUUCAGCUUUUUGUUUCAAACGCUCUCGGUAUCUUCGACUUCUUUCGGCGACACUCAGAGGUAUGAACACUCGUGAAAGAUAAUAUCUAGAAUAGUUAUCUGACUAUAAAUCAUGGCGGGAGUCCGGAAACAAGCAAGAAAAGGCGAGAUUUGUUGUGCGCAAUGAAGAGAAACAAUUUAAACUGCAUCUAGUUAAUUCAGGACAACUUAAAAAGACGAAAAAUGAGAAAAGAAAGAAGUUCAUCUUUUCGUAAAAACAAACUUGGUCGAUGAUGUGUGAUUCCGCCACGCUGUUUAACUUUAACAACAAAUAUUUGAGUUAAAACAAAUUCGUGAAUUAGAUAGAGCGCGAAAAACUGUCACUAGAAAGGUGACUUGAUCUUCCUCAAAGAUCACAGGUGUGACAAAAAUAAAACUGCAGAUAAAUUUCGUGGCGGAAUCACGCGUUCAAAAUACCACGUUUACAAAUUCAGAUGACUCAGUCAUCUGAGCACAGAAAUUAAUUUCUUUUACGUGAAAAAUAAGUUCAUCUAUUCUACUUUCGACCCGAGUCACAGAUGGAGGAAAGAAACAACUAACUGUCAACCCGAACAAAAAAAUGAAAAAGCUCAUGUGCGCUGUUCUUUUAUGGUUCAAGGCGCCAUCUGUUUAGAAGCCUUUUUCUCUAAAAAAUGAACGCAAAACGAAGAUAAAAGAAUGCACUUUUAUACAUUAUUGACUAUCCUCUACAACAUAGUCGUACUAGUUUUAGCCGCAUUUGCACCUUAACUUUGACAUAAAAGUCUACCAUUACGUGGACUAGCUGAGUAACAAUUAACAAUAUAUAAACACAAGUCGUAGACUGGUGCAAACUGAUUACCUCGCGUAGUAUAACCCUACAAAAAAUUUGGAUAAAAUAGUUUUGCGCAUAUUUGAAAACACGUUCUACUCAUCAAGAUUAAAUAUCGUAACAUAAUGUAAACAUUUUCUACUAUUGUCUCUAUUUUACGUUUGACUUCUUUCACUUUGAUUUGAAUUUAGUUUCGAACUUGUUAAAAUUUAUCCUAAUUGCAUAUAAGCACUAUUCCGAGCACUAUCGGGCGUUUCUGUGAUUGUUAUAUGUCAAUAAAGUAUACUUACCUGGUAAGUCAAAUUUUAAAAGUAUGAUAUCUAAGUUAACGAGUAAUUGAUUUGUCUUGUGAAUUUGUCUCCUUCUUUUCCUCAUUUUUGGUAAGACUUAGUCAUCAUACGUUGCUUCUUAUCUUUGAUACAAACACAGUACCGUCUGUUCUUAUAGGAAUCAUUAUAAUAUAGCCUGGAUCUUUACAGUAAAGACUUUACCACAUACAAAUAUUUUUGUGAUCAAUAGACACUUCUUAUCAUUGCAUGCUGAGUCAUCAGUAGUCCUCUACGUAGUAUAUAUAUAUAUAUUAUCCCCUUUCCUAGAUCUCUUUUACCUCUCUUCUUGUCUUUAUCUAUCGUGUAGACAUGAGCGGGAUUGGAAGUAAAAGAAAUUUUUACCAGGACCGAAGAAAACUUUUUAUCGAUACCAAGAAUUUUUUUUGACAAAAUCUCAUCAAACAGCUAAAAUUUUGAAGGGAAGUAAUAAAACAAACUAACAGAAAGGAUAAAUAUGCAAAUGUAUUCUCCUUCAAUGUUUCUAGUUGUUGAUUUUAACUAAAAAAGAAAAAUGUACACCAAAGAACAGAAACCAUUUUCGUUCAACAACGAUUACAAACUUGUAAGUGAAGUUUAGUCGCUGUUCAAAAUACGUUUGAGCUACCGCGUCUUCCAUCAAUAUGUUACGGGAAACAGCCACAUACGUUGAACAGUAUGAAAUAAACAAGUGAUAAUUCGAACAAGAGCUGAAAUACUAAGACCAUUUAAAUUCGUUAUUUCUUACAAAAAAUAGAGUAAAUUAUGUUAUUCUGACAUAGUUUAGAUCGAUUUUGACCAUGUUUAUGAAUUUCUAAUUUUGGUCUAUUAAUCAGUUGUGCUCCGAAUUGUUUUCAUCAUUCAGGGGCGCUGACUUUGUUGUAUUCAACCGAUAUUUAUAUUACUGCAACUUUGAAUGAAGCAUGUACCGAGUUUUUUUCUGAACCUACAGCAUAUUGUUCUGAAUUUAUAUAACUUACUUUAUUAUAGACCGAUAUGCCAGCUGCGUUAUCGACACACAAAGCGACUGUUGGAGUUGAAGAUUUCAAACAAUAUGAGAAAUUUAUAAAAGAUUAUGGUUAA